AUGUUCUCCACAUGGCUAAACUGUUUGCGGAUCAUUUUGUUGCUCAUUCACCUGAUACAUUACACAGAAGCCAAGAGACACCUAAGAUGGGAGUGCUUUGACUGUAACAUAGGUCCGCAGUUCUCAGACAAAAUGAAAUGCAGCGUGGGCGGCACUAGAAACUCCGUGUUAAAUGUGGAAAUUAACUUGCAAGAAGAACUAGAUGCCAUCAAGACUUAUGUAAAGAUUUCAACCAGAUUCAAGAGCACAAGUCCCUACAGAAAGUUCUUUGAUAUAACCUUUGAUGGAUGCCGCGUGAUAUCGGAUAUGGUACAAGGAACCAUGGUUUCAAAUAUGUUUAACGCAGUUGUGCGAUCGAGUAAUCAGCCCAGAAAGUGUCCCAUAAAAAAGGGCCUGAUUUACUAUCACAACAUAAGCAUAGAGGAUGCCUUACCCAUGUUUGUGCCCAGCAGCCAUCUCUUUAUUCAAGUGGACUUCUUUUCCAAGCGGCAAUCGUAUUUAAAUGUGACUCUCAGGGGAGAGAUAUUGGACAAAUAA